CACCAGCCGCUCUGUCAACAUGUUUCUGCUCGGAUUCAGCCUGUGCCUGGCCAUCGUCCAAGGAAUUGUCCCCGAGAUAUCUAAAACAGACAUGGACAUCAUUGCAAACAUGGAAACAAAUGUAGAAGAAGGACAAACGACACUGAGCGAUAUGUUCAGAGAGGUGGAGGAACUGAUGGAGGACACGCAGCAGAAGCUGGAGGACGCGGUGCAUCAGAUGGACAAUGAGACAGCAAAAUCCAGCCUCCAUCCACACAGUGUCUCUUCAAAUCUCCAAAAUUACAGCAGUAAUGAAAUCAUAGCUGGGAAUCAAUCCAUUUAUACUGCUGAGAGAAUCAAUAAGACAACGGACAAUUCAACCGAAGAUACAAACAACUUGACAACCAUACAACCCAUCGACAAAGAGAACAGCAUUGAUCACGAGUGUAUCAUUGAUGAAGACUGUGAGAAGGGCAGCUACUGUCUCUACGAAACACAGAGCUCAAAGUGUCUGCCCUGCAAACACACUGAUGCGACAUGCAUCAAAGAUGAGGAAUGCUGUGCGGGACAGCUGUGUGUGUGGGGUCAGUGUGCAAACAGCACAAAGGGAGAAGCAGGAACCAUCUGUCAGUACCAGAGUGACUGUAAGGAGGAGUUCUGCUGUGCCUUCCAUAAAGCCCUGCUGUCUCCAGUGUGCAGCUCUAAGCCAAUAGAACGUGAGCGCUGCAUCAUUUCAGCCAAUCACCUGAUGGAGCUGCUGUCCUGGGAUUUGAAGGGGGAGGGUCCUCAAGAGCACUGCCCAUGUGCCGGUGAUCUACAGUGCCAACAUCUUGGACGAGGUGCACUGUGCCUAAAGAGUCUGAACUCCAGCGAGGAGGAGCUCACUGACACUCUCUACUCUUGAGAUUGACUACAUCGUCUAGUGAGACUCAAGCCUGUUUGACAGACAGAUGAAGAGAAGCUGCUGAAACAGACAUGAACGCUUCAUCGUCACUCCAAAGCUUUAUAGGAAACGCCUUCAUUAUAAUCACCCAAACAGCUGUAAAUGUGCAGAAGGCCUGAAUCUAAAGACCGUUCACACUGACAGCGAUUUUAAAGUAUCAAGCUGCCUGGAAGCCAUUAAUUUCCAAAGAAAGUUGGCGAUUUGAGAGGACACGAGUGAUGGUUGGAGGCAUCAAAUGACACGACAAAACUUCAUGCAACAGUCACAUGCGAGAUACUGUAGUUGAGUGAGUUACAUUCCCUGCGACUUUGAUUCAUGCGCUUUUGCAUAGGAUGAUGAUUUGUUUAAUUGGAUUUGUGAUCAGAUUUUCAAAGCUACGGCCUGUAAGGGAGCCCAGCCAGUAAUAUUUGGGCAUCCAGCAGAUCAAAUCAUUGUCAGUGUGAACAGCCCUCAAGUGUUAAGCUCAACUGUGGCUUCUGAGCAUUGGAAAGAAGCACUUAUUAUUAAUGUACAGUAUUAAUGCUUUAAGAAUACAUCAGGCAGAAAAAUGGAAAGAGGAAAACUCUGUUGAGAGCCUAUCCCAUCUUAGUUUAGUGUAGCAGCCAAAGUGACGCACCCAUACAAGAAACCUCUUGUAAUUUACCCAGGUAAUGAACACAAACUUGCUCCAGAAAAUAAAAGGUUGAAAAACAUGUUUUUAUAUAUUUUAUAUAUAAUAUGAACCAAAGUUUUGAAUUUUUCACCAGAAACCCCCUUUUUUUUUUUUGAGAGUUAAAAGGUGUAAAGGUGUGGUCACAUUUACUGUUGUUUGCCAGAUUUUUCACAGACGAAAUCCAGUCAAUUCAAUAGGAAUCUGUGCAAAUUUCGCAUGAGCGUGAAAGAUUUCCCCAUGCAGAUUUCACAAUGCGUUCAAGUUGGUCACGUGAAUUUGCUGUAUUGACCAAUAAAAAAGCGGCUUGGUUUGAAAAUGACUUCUGUGUGAGCUAUGCUUCAACCAUGGCUACACUAUUAACAGCAGACAUUUUUUUGCCCAUAAAAUUUUGCCUAAACAUUGCUAAUGUGACUUCACCUUAAAAGUGUGGGUUUAAAAUUUAAUGUCAGUUCGGAGAACUUUCGCAGACUAAAUGCAUCCAUUUCAAUAGGAAUUCAUCCAUCCAAUUGUGAAUUUUGCACAAGGGCAAAGAUUUCCCCUUGCAGAUUGGGUUCAAGUUGGUCAUGUGGAUCUGCCCAUUGCCCAACAGAAAGCCACUUAAUUUGAAAGUGACUUCUUUUUGAGCUGUGAUUUAUAUAUUGCUAUACUUGACAACAAGACAAUGGACAUUUUUUGCAUGAAAUGCCGUUAAUGUGACCACACCUUAAGACUACGCAAACACCACCGGCACAUGAGAAAUUAGUACUAUUUAUGAAUGAACCAUUUCUGCAGCUUAAAGGGACAGUUCACCCAAAAUUAAAAUUA